AUGGGUAACAAUCUCUGAUUCUCUAACUGAGGCUUCAGCAAGAGAAGAAUUGAAAUUGAGUCUAUAUCCUCUAAAAGCAAAGCUUUGUAUGAUACCUUUGGUGAACCAGAACCAGAUGAGCCGUAUUUUCAUGGAUAUCAAGAGAAAAGGCAGGAAUACGAUAACUCUAGAUUUAUGAAGUACAAAAUACCUCUGAGUAGCAAUGUAAACAACAAGUAUUUUCACCCAAUUGCCACAAACCGGGAGUUUGCUAAAUUGUUAACUCUUCACACAUUGCCUGUGUUGAGUAACAAGAAAGCAUAUCAGGAGAAAAUCUCUGAGUUUACUGACGAAUUGAAAACCAAUUUUCAUGAGAAGGAGAAAUACAGAAGUUUAUUGCAGAAAAAGCAGGACCAAGUCAAGAUUGAUGAGACUGGAUCAACCCAACCACAUGAUUAUGGCUCUAUGGAAAUCAAUCAGUCUGAUAGUCUUGUCAUAGAAGUCAUCUCUGCUUGGAACAGGAAUAAUAGUCAGCGAACACGGAAAUGUUCACCAAUUGUGGAAAUCCAGAAGUAUACUAAUGACCUUGAUGCUUCUGAUGAAUCCUACCUCUUUGACUCAAGACAAUACAUAGAAGAAGAUGAUCAGUACAUUUGGAGCAAGGCGUGCAAGAUCAAGUUUGGCUCUAACACCAAUAAUACGCACAAAAAUAUUAAAAUAUCUUUAUUCAAAAAGGAGAGCGGUAAAGCCCGGACCCAGAUAGGAAGCUCUUACACCAUCUCUGUUCUCUCAACUCUUAACAACCAGGAUGUGAACUUCAAAACUUUUGAAUUUGGGCCUGAAGGCCAGGAAUGGAAUGUUUUUACCAGGAUACAAUAUAUCUACAAAAAGGAGACUCUUUAUAAGCAAAUAAUCGUCCGACUUGACGAGAGACAAGAAAUGCUUAAGGAGAUAAUUGAUCGCUACAAAGAGCAGAGAGAGCAAAAAAAUCUCUGCAUGUAUUAUACCUUUAAAAAGCACUGGAGUGGCUCUAAUUUGGAGCCUAAUAUGAGUAAGAACUCUAGUAACUAUCUUGGGGUUAAAACUCCUUCUCAAUAUGCAGGGUAUUAUAGCAGCACGAAAUCUUUGAGUAACGAAAGGAGCCUUAAUACCCUUAAUGGAUAGACGAGAAUAGGCAUAACCAAGUUAAUUUUUAAUUCUCUAGUUUGAUAUUU